GGUUUAUCCGGUUGGCUGCUGGCAGCGCGGGAACGCGCCCGGGCGGCUCCGUAGAAGAAAAAAAAGCAAAGCGGGGAUCUCGGUGUGACAGCUCAGACUGUCCACGUCAACACACCGAGCGAGCACGGCGGCGGAGAUGGACUACGCGACUCUGGAACCCUCCCUCUACACAGUGAAGGCUGUGUUCAUCCUCGACAAUGAUUGCAACAGACUUCUGUCCAAGUAUUAUGACCCCGAGCUUUACCCCUCCAUGAAGGAACAGAAGAACUUUGAGAGGAACGUCUUCAACAAGACCCACAAGGCCGACAAUGAGAUUGCUUUCCUGGAGGGGAUGACGGUGGUCUAUAAGAGCAGUAUAGAUCUCUUCUUCUAUGUGGUGGGAAGUCCUCAGGAGAACGAGCUGAUGCUGGUGUCCGUCCUGAGCUGCCUGUUUGAGUCCCUCAGUCAGAUCCUUAGGAAAAAUGUGGAGCGACGGUGUUUACUGGACAACAUGGAAGGGGUGUUCAUGAUUGUGGACGAAAUCAUUGAUGGAGGGGUGAUCCUGGAGAGUGACCCCCAGCAGGUCCUGCAGAAGGUCAACUACAGGGUCGAUGAAAACCCAUUGUCUGAACAAAGCAUGGCGCAGCACAUAACAGAAAAACUGGCGCUGACCUCUAAUGUCCUGCAGUCGGCCAAAGAGCAGAUCAAAUGGUCCAUACUGAAAUGACUUGGACCAGACAUAUUUAGGUUUGUCAAGAAAGCUCUAGAGCACAUUUUUAGUCAUAAAGCUUUUUAAUUUAUUCUAUUAGAAGGCAGAAGGGAAGGACAGGCUGCUUUAUGUGGCAGUAAUAGGAUCAUCUUUGUUGUGUUAUGGCAUUUUGUUACAUUGCGUAUGCCAGGAAUUGGCUUAUUUGGAUUCGGGAGCAGGGUUAGCUCGUGUUUCUCAUGCACGUUUAACGUUUAACAGCCAAAUGACAUCAUAUUAUUGAGUUAUUAAUCACCAAACUAAUCAAUGAAAAUACUGGAAACCUGAUUAGUGAUACUGACCCAUCAUUUAGAUUCUGGUGGAACAGCAACUAUCAGACCGUGGGAAAUAUUUAAUCUUUUUCGCAUAUUGCUGAUGUGUGCAAUUUACUCUGUUUAUAAUUGAAUAAAAUCUCAAGGGUAAACUGGAACACAAUAAUAUAUCGGCAAAUGCACGUUAAAAAGAGGAAUAACAUACAAUAUAGUUUAACUAUUAUAUAGACCAUGUCCUUCAACAAGGAUGGUCUUACAUUCUCAUACACACACACCUCUGCUACUCAUAACGCGUAUUUAAAAAGAAUGUAACGACAUUAAACAAAUGUUUGGGAGGGAAUGUGUUACUGUUGCACGUCAGUCAAACACCUUAUUUUUCUAAAGUGGAAUUCUCUCAUGAAGUUAAAUUUAAUAUUUGUACAUAAUUAAAGGGACCUUAAAGAUUAUACAGAAUAAUCUAUUUUCUGAGACGUAAUGAUAUGUAUUAAAUAUUUUCUUAAGAAAGAAAAUGAAAAGCCAAAGACAUUUUGUUACAUUUAGACGUUUUUGAAGCAUUUGUCUGAUAUAGUUUUGUCCGUCCACUAUUUGUGAGAUUGAGAAUACAUUUAAUAAAGAAUAUUUUUUU